AUGUCUUCUUGUGGAUCACCUAACGACAACUCCUUCGUGAACGCUGUCAACCCGUACAUGAAUGAGCUGAAGAUGCAUCCUAAGGUGUUGUUGCUCAAGGAUGGGAAGGUGCAAGUGGAACAUGUUCAGGCAAGAGGAUUUCCUGGUACACUUGGAAGCAUAGAUUGUAUGCACUGGGACUGGAAGAACUGUGUAUUUGGUUGUCAAGGCUCAAACAUUGACAUUAUUGUACUCAAACGAUUUUCGGUGUUCACUCGCCUUGCUGAAGGUGAUGCUCCACCGGUCCAGUAUGAUGGCAAUGGCCAGCUCUAUGAUAAAGGGUACUAUCUACCUAAUGGUAUCUAUCCUCAAUGGUUAACACUUUUGAAGACAAUCCGUUCUCGUUGGGCUAUAGUUCGGCACCCUCCUAGGACAUGGAGCCAUCAGACUACGUGGGAGGUCAUGACUGCAUGUCCGAUCAUUUACAACAUGAUCGUUGAGGAGGAGCGCGAUGAGAGCGUGUUUGACCAAGGCUAG